CGGUCAGGCUGCAAAGAGGUCUGGGAUCCGUGGGAAAGCGAGAAAGGGGGUUUGGUCUCUUUGCCCUCUGGGGGUCCCGUGCCCAUAAGCCACAUCUAAAGAGGAGAGGCGAAGUCUCCGACGCAGUUUGCCUGAGUCUGGGACGCAGGGACUGGUUGCUUUCUUCUUCCCGCUCCACUCUGGAAGCCACAGCCCUCGGGGAUUUAUCUCGCCCAUCGCUGCCUCUCGCCGCCGCGUCCUGCAAGAUGUCACGAGCGACAGAAAGAGGCGACGCUGCCACCUGCAACCCUUCUCUGCUGAGCAACGCAAGAGGGUGAAGUCUCGCUGCUGCAGCUUCGGCUUCUGCUGAGGAGGGGAGGGGGAGAAAAAGGGGGUGUCACACUGGAACCCUGAGGAGACCGAUUCUCUCCUUCCACGAGAAGAAACCCCCCCCCCUUCUCUCUCUCUCUCUCUCGACCUCCUCUGGCUUGUCCAGCCAUCGGAGGAGAAAAGCAGCUCUUGAGCGCGGGGCUUCCUUUGAGCAGACCCACCAGAAAGCAGGAGUCCACUAAUGCGGCGGAGAGGCGGUCAUUUCAGCAGAAAACCGGGGCUCGCCUCUGGAGACUCAGCCAAACGCCAAGGAAGACGGGGUGCCUUUUGGUGGACGUGAAUUUCCCCAGCUUUGGAGACGGGGGCGCCUCUCCUUUGAAAAGCCUCGCGGAUUCUGAGCUGGUUGCCUUUCCAAGCAAGUGAGUGACCGCCUGCCAACCUCUUUCUCUCUUUGCUUUCUUUGCUUUUUUUGUGUGUGUGGGGAUUUUAUCCUUCAGAAGGGAAUCCGGGAUUCCUUUUCCAGAGCAAACCGAAUUGCUCGGCCAAAGUUCCCAACUUUUAGGAUCUCUCUGCUUCUCCAUGCAACCAGAAAAUCAGAACAAAACAAAAGGGGCAUCGGCAAAGGGCCAGGACAGAAACUCCUUAGUUCUUCUGGGCUGAAAAACAUCCCUAGAUGGCUGAUGCCAUUGAUGCCAUUCCUGAAUAACACUUUUUAAGGGAAGGAGCCAGCCUUCUUUUUAAUUCUGAAUUCAAGUCUCACUUACUUAGAAGAACCUUUCCUUUGCCAUAUAACAGACCUGCAUGCAUGCAUGCACAAACCCAAAGCCGUGUUCCUGGAUAAGCCACAAGGAAAAUAUUUAAGGAGGAAAAUGUAUGGAGAACUUCUCAAUUCAACCACUGCAUCCGAUCCCCACCUGAUCGUUCAGACCAACACUCCCUAUCCAGGGAGCACCCAGAGACCUAUCAGCUCUUCAGGUUUUUACAUGUCCACAGCCAGAGUGUUAAAAGAAGGUGAAAUUAAUAAGCCAGACCUGGUGACAUAUGUUGUCCUGUUCUUCCUCCUGCUCUUGGCUGUCACGAUCAUUGUACUUUUUAUUAACUGCCAGCUGAAACAUUCUUUUUUUGCUACACUUCCUUAUGACCGAUCCCUGCGAGAAGCUAGGAGCCCAUGGAAAACGCAGGCUGUCUAAUCUUCGGCAGUAAGAAGGGAGUGGGGAAAGUCUAAGCUAAGCUCUGUUAUGACCAGGAGGAUCUCGUGAACUCUCUUAUGCAAUUUGCCAAGGGGAAAUAAAGCCAGCUCUGUACAAAUGAAGAUUUUUCUCUUCAACAACUAACUUCGGUACUAAACAUGAUCUGAAAGAGACCUAUUUCACAUACAGGUGCAUACUUUUUUCUGCAUGUGCAAGAUGAUUACAAAAAGAUGUAAAUAAAAAGAAUGUGUAUGGA